AUGCUAGCAGGUUCUACGCAAGCGUCCAAAGUAGUAGACUAUGCAAUAGGACAGAUUGUAGGAAAGAAACAGUUUGCCAAGCAGCAUGAUGGAAUCAGUCUUCGCACGCUGCGGUCUCAUGCUAAGCAGACAGAGUGUGCUCUUGAUGCCAUGCCGGGCAUUCUUGAGCAGGUAGUGCAGGAGGUAAGUGUCGAAAAGGAGAAGUUUCUGAAGGUAGCGGAGCAGGCUGCGAGACGUGCGCUGGAAGCGCAGGAUCAAGGGAGGGGUGUCCCUGCUGAGGUCUUGCGAACAGCAGCGGCUGUAGCGCAGAGGAAAGAAGAGAUUAGGGAAGCGGGGAGUAAGGCGUGGAGGGCGCUGGUGAGGCGAAGGUUCAAGAAGCGGUUGGAAAAUACACCAGAACUGAGGCAUGUUGCUCGGGGUCACCAGGUGGCCAUCCAUGUCAAGUACCCCCACUUCAAGUCCGGAGUGGAGCAGCUCGUCAUGCACAUGAAUGGUGGCCGCGCUGACGCCAAGCGGGCGUCCGUUUCCAUCUACAUGGGGAAGAGCACCUGGAAGGUGGUGGUCAAGAAGCUUGCUGACGAGGCGGCCAUGGGCGACCUUGGCGGAGCAAUCCGAGUCUCCGAAUCGACUCUGAAGAAGCACCGGAAGCGGGCGGAGCGGUCUUGCCAACCUAAAAUUGUAAACCCGGCUGGUCAACUGGACCUCUCUUCUCGUAAGGUUGCCAAGAUUCUUCUACCCA